AUGCGUGCCUUCGUGCCUCGAUGUGGUGCCCUGAGGCCCAGAGCCUCCCAGAUCUCACGCUCCAUGCUGCAAAGAUCAUGGCAGCCAGCAAGGUGUUACAGCAUAAAGCCCGAGGCGGCAUCUGUGUCCAAGCCACAGGACAUCGACCCCUCCAAGCUCACCGUCGAGACCGCAAAGACUCCCGGCCCUCUGAGGAAGCCAGAGGAGCUCAUCUUUGGCGCCACUUUCACUGACCACAUGCUCACCGUCGAGUGGAACAAAACAUCCGGCUGGCUCGCCCCCAGCAUCAAACCCUACCAGAACCUCUCCCUCGACCCCGCGACAAGCGUCUUCCACUAUGCCUUCGAGUGCUUCGAGGGCAUGAAGGCCUACAAGGACUCCAAGGGCCAGGUCCGCCUCUUCCGCCCGGACAAGAACAUGGAGCGCUUCAACGGGUCGGCCGCCCGCAUCGCCCUGCCCACCUUCUCCUCGACCGCCAUGAUCGACCUGAUCGGCAAGUUCGCCAAGCUCGACGAGCGCUUCAUCCCCUCGCAGCGCGGCUACUCGCUCUACCUGCGCCCGACCAUGAUCGGCACGCAAAAGACCCUCGGCGUCGGCCCGCCCGGCAGCGCCCUGCUGUACGUCAUCGCCAGCCCCGUCGGCCCUUACUACCCCACGGGGUUCAAGGCCGUCUCGCUCGAGGCCACCGACUACGCCGUGCGCGCGUGGCCGGGCGGCGUCGGCGACAAGAAGCUGGGCGCCAACUACGCGCCCUGCAUCGUGCCGCAGCGCGACGCCAUGAGCCGCGGCUUCGCGCAGAACCUGUGGCUGUUCGGCGAGGAGGAGUACGUCACCGAGGUCGGCACCAUGAACAUGUUCGUCGCCCUGCGCAACAAGGAGACGGGCCAGAAGGAGCUCGUCACCGCGCCCCUGGACGGCACCAUCCUCGAGGGCGUCACCCGCGACUCGGUCCUCGCACUGGCCCGCGAGAGGCUCGCCCCCGAGGGCUGGCUCAUCUCCGAGCGCAAGUACACCAUGCGCGACCUGGCCGAGGCGUCCGCCGAGGGCAGGCUGCUGGAGGCCUUUGGCACUGGCACUGCCGCCAUCGUCAGCCCCGUCAGGAGUAUCAGCUGGAAGGGCCAGCUGGUCGACUGUGGCCUGUCUGAGAACGAGGAGUCGGGCGAGAUCGCCACCAGGAUGAAGGACUGGAUGGAGGGUAUUCAAUAUGGUGAUGAGGAGCACGAGUGGAGCCACGUCUGCUAA